AUGGAUACGGCUCAAGGACCUCGUCAACGUCACUCACGAAACAUGAGAACACCUUGGAUGAUCAAAUCAAGGAUAGUGAGAGAGAAACUGGAAAAGGAAUUACCUUCGGACUACACUCUUGACUAUGUUCUCGAUGUUAUCAGAGAAAGGAUUGGUUUUCUCGAAGGAAUUAGGACGUACUAUACGACGGCAAGCUCCAUUCGUGAUAGAGAGGAACUGGUUACGCUAAACUUUGAAAACAGCCAGAAAAGAACCUUGUCAAGUCUGGCAGGUGGUCGCAGCAGUAUUUGCUUUGUGGUUACAAAACCUGGUGUACAUAUAUUCAAAGAAGAAUAA